CAGGAGGAAAUUGAUCGAGUCGUCGGGAAAGACCGUCUGCCAUGUGCCGAAGAUAGGAAUGAUCUCCCUUAUCUUAAUUGCGUGCUAAUCGGCGCCCCGCAUAAGUCUACACAGGCUGAGGAAUAUCGAGGAUGGACAAUCCCAGAAGGAACAGUUGCAGUUACUAACAUCUGA